GGAGAGGAGCAGCGGGGUCAGCGGCUCUUAACUUUGGACUACUACACACAUCUGGACUGCGCUGCAAUGCUGCUGCUGCAGGGAGGACCCUCUGCUGUUUAUGCACUUUUAUUUUUCCUCCUGGAGCCAACUUUGGUGGUCGCCUUCAACCUGGACACCAGUCAUGUCAUCAGGAAAGACGGAGAGCCGGGGAGCCUGUUCGGGUUUUCUCUGGCCAUGCACCGGCAACUCAACCCAGAUAAGCGCAUGCUGUUGAUUGGAGCCCCCAGAGCCAGAGCGUUGGGGAAACAGACAGCCAACAUUACAGGAGGCCUUUAUAAAUGUGAAAUCACUCAGACCAAUGAUUGUGAGCGCAUUGAAUUUGACAGUGAAGAGGACGUACGUGUUGAGAACAAGGAGAAUCAGUGGAUGGGGGUGACAGUUCAGAGCCAGGGACCCGGGGGAAAGAUUGUGACUUGUGCUCAUCGCUAUCAGAGGCGCUUGUUUGUGAACACACCUCAGGAGUCCCGGGACAUCACUGGGCGCUGUUAUGUCCUGAGUCAGGACCUGUCCAUCGACUCGUCCUCUGAUGAGGACGGAGGUAACUGGAAUUUCUGUGAGGGCAGAGCCAGAGGCCACGAGAUGUUCGGAUCCUGCCAGCAGGGUUUGGCUGCCACCUUCACCAAGGACUACCAUUAUGUGGUGUUCGGAGCACCAGGAGCUUACAACUGGAAAGGCAUUGUACGAGUGGAGCAGAAGAACAACACUUUGCUGGAGAUGGGAAUAUAUGAUGAUGGCCCAUAUGAAGUUGGAGAUGAGCAUCACUUGAACCCUGAACUUGUGCCUGUACCAGCCAAUAGCUACCUCGGAUUCUCCCUCGAUUCUGGACACAGCAUCACCCACACACGUGGCCUGACGGUAGUGGCUGGAGCACCCCGAGCCAAUCACAGUGGAGCGGUGGUCCUUCUGAGGAAGGAGAGCGAAGCCUCCGGCAGACUUUUGGUGGAGCACACUCUGCACGGGCCAGGACUCGCAUCCUCAUUUGGAUACGACGUGGCUGUGGUUGACUUGAAUGGUGAUGGAUGGCAAGAUGUAGUUGUAGGAGCCCCUCAGUUCUACAUGAAGGAGGGAGAUGUUGGAGGAGCUGUUUACGUCUACAUCAACCAGGCAGGAAGGUGGGACAGAAUCACUCCUAUUCGUCUAAACGGGACCAAAGACUCGAUGUUUGGACUGGCGGUAGAGAACAUUGGAGACAUCAAUCAAGACUUAUAUGAAGAUAUUGCCGUAGGAGCACCUUAUGAUGACGGCGGUGCAGGAAAAGUCUACAUUUAUCAUGGCUCUGCAGGAGGAAUCAAAACCAGUCCUGCACAGAUUCUCUCAGGAAAAAAGCACAACAUGCAACUCUUUGGAUAUUCUCUGGCGGGGAACAUGGAUCUGGACGGUAACUCCUAUCCAGACAUUGCUGUCGGCUCUUUGUCGGACACAGCUCUGAUCUACCGGGCACGGCCAGUCAUUAGCAUCAGGAGAGAUGUCAAAAUAACUCCACAUGAAAUUGACCUUACAAUCAAAACAUGUGGCAAUAGCAUUUGCCUCACUGUGGAUGCGUGCUUCACCUACAAAGCAAACCCUGCAUCUUACAACCCAAGACUAACUGUUCGCUAUUCUGUUGAUGCGGAUGGAGUUCGCAGGAAGCAGGGGCUGCCCUCCAGAGUGAGGUUCCUCAACAAAACACGCACUGAAACAGACUACCAGUUUAACGGCACCUUGGACCUCCGCGGCCAAAACCAGAAAACGUGCAUUAAGAUAGCAGCUGAACUAAAGGACAACAUCAAGGACAAGAUGCGUAGCAUUCCCAUCGAGGUGUCUGCAGAAAUUGUGGGUACUAAACGACAGAAGACGAAGAACAGCCUUCCUCAGCUCAUGCCCAUAUUAGACUCCUCUCAACCAAGCAAAGAUGUCUUUGAGGUCAACUUUGUAAAAGAGGGAUGUGGAAGUGAUAAUGUUUGCCGGAGUAACCUGAAGAUGGAGUACAAGUUAUACUACAAACAAAGCAACCUAGACGUGUACUCCCCGUUACACACCAAAAACAACAUCCCUGUGUUCCAUCUGAGUUACGAGAGGAAGGACUUGGCUGUGCAUGUGACGGUUGACAACAUGAACGCAGAUGAUGCUUAUGAGGCAAAGCUGGUUGGGACUUUCCCAGAUACACUGUCAUAUUCUGGAGUCCGCUCACAUCAGACCACGGCGGAAAAGCCGAUCAUCUGCACAGCCAAUCAGAACGGCUCUCAAGCAGACUGUGAGCUGGGGAAUCCUUUUAAGAGAGACUCAAAGGCUACAUUUUACAUCAUCCUGAACACUGAUGGUAUGAGUCUUGACACCACAGAGACUGAAAUCGACCUGCAGCUCCAGACAACUAGUGUGCAGGACGAUCUUGCCCCUGUGAAAGUGAAGGUGAAAGUAAUCAUUGAACUGCCAUUGUCGGUCAGUGGGGAGGCCAGCCCUAAUCAGGUUUCUUUUGGAGGUGUUGUGAAGGGUGAAAGUGCCAUGAAGACAGAAGAAGAGAUUGGAAGUUUGAUUGGAUAUACUUUCAGAAUAAACAACUUGUGGAAGUCUUUGAAGUCUUCUGUCAAAGCCUCACUUCACAUUCAGUGGCCCAAAUUCAACAAAGACGGUAAAUGGCUUCUGUACUUGGUGAAGAUCACCUCUACAGGACCGGAGAAAGUCCUCUGCUCUCCUGAGUCUGAGAUCAACUCUCUCAAACACAUCCAGGAGUCCUCUGCAUCCAGGAAAAAACGAGAACUUGGAGAAAGAAAAGCCGUUGGCAAAAUGUCUUCACUGUCAGGCAAAAGAAAAGUUUUGACGUGUGACAGUGAGAUCAGAUGCGUGGUGCUCAAGUGCCCCCUGCAGGGUUUGGACGGUACAGCAGUGGAACUGAGGUCUCGUCUCUGGAACUCGACCUUUAUUGAGGACUACGCCUCUCUUUCAAACGUGCAUAUCAUCGUGAAGGCCUCGCUCGUCCUCCACACUCAGGCUAAAAACAUGAUCCUGAGAACUCCUCACAGCGAUGUGAUUGUGUCGGUGUCCCCUGAAGGUGCGGUAGCGCAGCACAGUGGAGUUCCCUGGUGGAUCAUACUGGUUGCUGUUCUUGCAGGCAUCUUGAUUUUGGCUUUGUUGGUGUAUCUGCUGUGGAAGUGUGGAUUCUUUAAACGCUCCAAACAAGAGGACAGCGUCCCUCGUUACCACGCAGUGCGGAUAAAGAAGGAAACUCCUGAAUAUAAAGACGGGAAAGUCAAACUGGAUCCUUUUGAAAAGAAGCAGUGGAUGACAACUUGGAUCGACGAUGAAAGUUACUCAUGACUUAUGUUUCUGUUAAAAUGAUGUUUGCAAACAGGUAUAACCUGAUUUUAUUUUUUUUUAAGUUUCAAGCCACAAACACACUGAACUUUUGUUUGUUUUUUAAUUCAUCAUCAGUGAUUCUCCUUAUAAGGAAUUAGUCGUAUUCAUGUCUUUGAAUUUUUACACUGUAUAGAUGAUGAAACGUUUUUUGUAAGUUUUGUAUAUAUUUAAAUACAUCUGCACACUGUAUAUUUAUUUUUUGAUAAAAAAUAAUUUCAUGCAGCCAAAGAGUUUUUUUUCAGUCACGUGCGUCUUCGAUCAGUUUGACGAAAGGCAAAGUUUACUACUGUUUUUAUGGAGUUGUACUGUCUUACUAAAAGCCGAAGGUCUAUGCAAGCAAGGUACAGCUCAGUAUCAUGUGAAUGUGAAUCAGUCCAGUUUUUUUUAAUGCUGUUGUAUUUUUCUAGUUUCAGUACUUACCAACAAAAAUGCUUCGGCCCUUUUUGGAAUGACAUUUAGGUACAAUAUCAUCUUAAGGUGCACGUAUGACCAUAGCAGAGGUCGUUUCUCACUUCUGGUCCCUCAGUUCUUCAUGUCUUCUCACUGUUGUGGCAUUUAGGUAGCAUCCACUGUACUGUAGGUCAUCACUGAAGUCAGACUCUUUGCUUCGCGUGAGGAAUCCAAAGGGAAGAUGCAACUGAAAUGUUUGUUUAACAGAUUUAAUUUGAAGUGAAUGUUCAACUUUUUAAAUUGUCAAGUAUAAUAAAAUGCUUAAAAACUGAUUGCUACUGUGGAAUUUCAUUACUAUUGGAAAUAUACUCCUCCUAUAUAACAGUAAUGACCUGGUU